AUGCCACGAGAUCCUCUCAUCGGCCUCGUAGGCAAACCCUCUUCAGGGAAGAGUACGACACUUAACAGUCUUACAGAUGCUACCUCCAAAGUUGGCAAUUUUCCAUUCACAACCAUCGACCCUCAACGCGCAAUCGGAUAUCUCCAAAUCGACUGCGCCUGCGCUCGCUAUAAUCUUCAAUCACGUUGCAAACCCAACUACGGCUCCUGUAUUGAUGGUCGUCGCUCCGUUCCUAUCGAACUCCUUGAUGUAGCUGGUCUAGUCCCUGGCGCGCACGAAGGAAAAGGUCUCGGAAAUAAGUUUCUUGACGAUUUACGUCAUGCAGAUGCACUCAUUCAUGUCGUAGACGUAAGUGGUACAACCGAUGCGGAAGGAAAAGCAACAAGAGGCUAUGACCCUAGUUAUGACAUUGUGUGGUUGCGUUCAGAAAUAGUAGCAUGGAUUCGAGGAAAUUUGAUGCAAAAAUGGGGAUCGAUAAAACGGAGACACGUCGCUGUGAAAGCUACGGCUGUCGAGACAUUACAGGGGCAAUUCUCUGGAUAUGGAAGUACAAGUGCGGUGGUUGCACGGACGCUGGAUAAACUGGCGUUGAAGGAGCCUUUGGAACAUUGGUCUGAUGAAACAAUUGACUUAGUGGUGAAUGCUUUUACGGAUGAGAAGUUCCCAACGGUCAUUGCGCUCAAUAAGAUUGACCAUGCGGAUGCGGAUAAGAACAUAAGUAAGAUUGCAAAGAUGCAGGAUCCAAAGAGUAUAGUGCUAUGCAGUGCUGUUUCGGAGGUUUUCUUGAGGAGAUUGGCUAAACAAGGCUUUGUGAAGUAUACAGAGGGAAGUGAGUUCGUGGAUACGAGGGAGGAUUUAAUCGCCGAUGGCGAUGAAACUGGAGGAGGUCUGAAAGAAUUGGAUGAAAAGCUCAAAAACAGAAUUGAGAAUUUGAAGGAUAUGGUUCUUUACAGAUUUGGAAGUACGGGAGUAGUACAAGUACUUUCUCGAGCAGCAGAAUUACUAGGUUUAGUACCAGUAUUUCCUGUAAGGAACGUAGGAAGUUUAAUAGCAGGAAGUGGUGGAUCUGGAAGUGAAAAGGUAUUCAGGGAUUGUGUAUUGGUGAAGAAAAAUACUACAGUCGCGGAGUGUGCGAGAAAAGUUAUGGGGGAUGCUCCUUUGGCUUAUGUUGAAGGAGCUGGUGGAGUAAGAGUUUCAGAAGAUGCUAUUGUUUCUGUUGGUCAUAAUGAUAUCCUCUCCUUCAGAGUCGGUAGAGCAUGA